AUGCCUUCUACGUUACUGAAGGCUGGUGGUGCGAAUGGCGAAAACGGUUUGAAGACCAUUAUCAACAUCAACGCAGACAUGUGGGGCGAUGGCACACAAAUUACACCGACAGCUGCUGGUGCGGAAUGGACACCGACGCUUGAGGACUUCGUCUCUGCAAGACCCUUUAAAGAUGAACAGAUCGUCGAUCCGUGGAGUGUUGAAGCCGCUUUUGGUGAUAACGGUGCCGGAUUCUUCGACCCGGGCAUCAUCAAAUUGGACGAUAGCAGCGGACGUGUCGGAAUUUGUAUGCAAGAGCGGCCAAAACGCGGGCUGCCUCGUGGUCAAGUACUGAUUGAGAUGAUCGAUUUCAUCUCUCAGCAACCCGAUAUGACCGCAGAUACGACCCCUGUUGAACCGGCUGGGAAAGUUGCUGUCACUUGGGGCAACAUCAAAUCUGUACAGUAG